AUGCCUCAACCUCAACGUCGUCCUCCCACCGACAGCGACGAUGACGAGGACUACGAGCAGCUGAUCGCCCGCAUGCUCCAACGGAGACACGCCACCCACCCUUACGCCCAGGCCAGCACCGGCUCCGACCUGGACUCCUUCAACCUCCCCCAGAUACCCCCGCCGCCGACUUAUACUCAUACCACGCCGGACGGCUACCUGAGGAGUACCCCAGAUUACGAUUUGGGCACGGCUUACCCUCAAAGACAGCCCCACGACGAUGAGUUCUACCACCGUUUAGACAGCUCUCCGGGAAGAGAACCGCUGCCGGUGGCCAUCGGUGAAGGUACCUACCACGAUUUUGGUGAGCCUGACCACCUCGAACCUGAUUUUGACGACGCAUUUGUGCCUAACGUCUACGAUGUCGACGACGAUGAGGAACGCGAGUUCGACCGCCAUAUCGACUAUACCAACAUCGAGGGUGACGACUACGACCUUGCUACAGUGGAAUUCCCACCUACACCGAAAGCUCUGAUUAGUCACAAGUCGCUGAUCCGUGGUCCUCCGCCACUGGAGUACCUGGUGAAAACUAAACGAGCCCCUCCUCCCUCCCUUAAAGAUAUCACUGAGGACCAAGAAACCAUCUACGACGAACCGGUAUACGAGGAAGAGUUCUACGAGAAGGAUUACGAAAGCAGCCCCAGCUACGUCGAGGAGUACGAGGACGAGAUCCCCAGCCACGCCCCGCUCCAAUUUGGGGGAGCGCGAGGCGUCAACGGCCACUUGGUGCUUGAUUGUCCCGUGGCUCUGGAGCUUUUGGCCAAGUACCAAGACUUUGACCCCGAAUUGAAGAAUGGCGGGCUCAAACGUGAGUUUGCGUUUAUGAGAUACACCGCCGUCACUUGCGGUCCUUCCAACUUCUACCGAGAAAACUACGUGCUCAGACCAGUGCACUACCCUGUACCUCGGCGGACAGAGCUUAUGGUGGUGAUCACGAUGUAUAACGAAGACGAUAUUCUCCUUGCCCGUACGCUCAAGGGGGUGUUUAAAAACAUUAAGCAUUUGGAGCUGCGCAAAGACCUGCUGAUGUGGGGUAAAGACCUGUGGAAGAAAGUCGUUGUGUGUAUUAUCAGUGAUGGUCGUUCCAAGAUCAAUAAGCGGGCCCAGGCCCUUUUGGCUGCGUUGGGGGUAUACCAAGAGGGGCUCGCCAAGCUGAGAGUUGACGAUAAGAAGGUGAAAGCUCACAUCUACGAGUACACUACCCAAGUGGGGAUUAGCAAAGUUGACGAUACCGUUAAACUUACUACCACCAAGAUCGUCCCCGUCCAGCUUGUGUUUUGCUUAAAAGAGAACAAUGCCAAGAAGAUCAACUCGCACCGGUGGGCAUUCCAGGCCUUGGGCCAGGUGCUUCAACCAGAACAAGUGGUGCUUUUGGAUGCCGGUACGCAACCGCUGGGUCGCUCGUUAUACCAUUUGUGGCAGGAGUUCGAUAAAGACGCUCAAGUGGCCGGUGCCUGUGGUGAGAUUAAGGCCCUGCUCAAAGCGAAACAAAUCAUCACUAACCCGUUAGUGUACGCGCAGAACUUUGAGUACAAAAUGCUGAACAUUCUCGAUAAGCCUACCGAGCUGAUCUUUGGUUUCAUCUCGGUGCUUCCCGGGGCAUUCUCCGCCUACCGCUACGUUGCUCUUCAAAACGAUAUCAACGGACGUGGGCCAUUGGAGAAGUACUUUAAGGGUGAAUUCCUCCAUUCCAGUGGCGAGCUUGACCCCAAUGACGAUGAAUACGAACUUAAACGGACGCAAAUGCAGGAAGAAGCGGGUAUCUUCACCUCCAACAUGUACUUGGCCGAAGACAGAAUCCUCUGUUUUGAGCUUGUUGCCAAACAAGGGUGUCUGUGGCUUUUGCGGUACGUGAAACUGGCCUCGGCCGAAACUGAUGUUCCCGAACACCUUGCUGAAUUCAUCUUACAAAGAAGACGGUGGUUGAACGGUUCGUUCUUUGCUGCCAUCUACGCGGUGGUCCACUUCUAUAAGAUCUGGAAGAGUUCCCAUCUGUUUGGCCGUAAGUUCUGGCUCCACGUCGAGUUCAUUUACCAGUUUAUCAACUUGAUUGUCUCGUGGUUUUCCCUUGGUCUGUUCUUUCUUGUGUUCCGCAUUUUGUGUACCGGUCUAGAAGAUCCGCUGCUUGGUUUUGGUGCUGCUAAAGUGCUUUCAGUGAUCUUUCUAUGGUUGUACGUGGCAUCAGUGGUCACCACAUUUGUGCUUGCCUUCGGUAAUAAACCAAAAGGUACAGAAAAGUUCUACAUUGUCAUUGUGGUCUUCUUUGCCAUAUUGAUGAUAUACAUGAUAUUCGCCGCGGUGUUUAUGGCGGUGCACUCCAUCACCGAGCUUGUCAACCUGAAUGAUCAUCUGGCAGCCCACUUCUUCUCCGACCUGUCAUUCCGAGACCUUGUCGUCGCCACCGCCCUGACCUACGCCUUGUACUUCAUUGCCCUGUUCAUGUACCUUGAGCCGUGGCACAUGUUCACCCUGUUUGCGCAGUACCUCCUUCUCAGUCCUUCCUACGUCAAUGUGCUCAACAUCUACGCCUUUUGUAACAUUGACGACGUGCUGUGGGGGACUAAAGGUGACACCAAAGCCGCUGAUUUGGGUCUGGCCCGCGUUACCGACUCCGGUUUGUUCGAUGUGGCGAUCCCGAUCCGUCCUGAAGAAAUCAACCAACUGUACCUUGACCAGCUUGAAAUCAUCAAGGCCCCUGAACCCAAACAGGAGACGAAGCCUGAAGCUACCGCUGAAGAUUAUUACGCGCUCGUGCGUUCGAUGACAGUGUUAGUAUGGAUGUUCACUAAUUUUGUCAUCAUUGCCGUCGUUCUUGAAGCAGCAGGCUUCCUGACGUUUGGCGAAGAUGACCAGGUGGGACGCGCCAAGAUCUUCUUGACGGUGAUCUUAUGGAUCGUGGCGUUCAUGGCGUUGUUCCGCUUCAUUGGGUGCCUGCUCUAUCUCAUCCAGCGGAUCAGUACCUGGUUUAAAGGACUGGACCGUCGCCACCCGGAAGACUUUGAGAACUACGAGUACGCUUACCCUGUGGAAUAUCCUAAUGAAUACGAGUACGCCGAGCCGGUACCGCCGCCUAUGGAGGAAUUAGAGCCCGAGCCGGAACCCCAAUACCAGAACCCCCGGUCGACUCGGUGGUAG